AUGGAAGUGCCUGGCUACCCUUUCAGAUUUUAUGACCAUAGGGUGCCUGAGAAACACAAAACUAAACCUGAACCCAGCAAUGUGUCAUUUAACAGUGACUGGUCCAAGGAUCUUCCCCUUAAAUUUAAAGCAGCCAAACCUUUAGCAGCAGAAAGCCAGAUCACAUUCAUCCGACCUAUUAAUGGACUGAACGCGAUUACUACCCGACAAAGAAAGGACGAGCAGAGCUCACAGUUUCCCAAAUUAUCUGCCCUGCAGCAUCAAACCCAGUUGGAUUCCAUAUUUAUGCUGCUGGAGGAUAACAUUGUUUCUUUUGUGAGGAACGAGCUCAAGAAGAUGCAGAAGGUAUUGCGUCCAGAUGACCUACAAUGCACAGAGAGUGGAACAGAUGAGGGUGAGGUGUCAGAAGGUGAGGAUGAAGAGCACAUAAUGAGUAGCAGAGAAGCAUUGAUCAAGAUCACACUGACCUUUCUGAGGAGAAUGAAACACCAGGAACUGGCUGACUAUCUGCAAAGCAAAUAUAUUGCUGCAGUGUAUCAACAUAAACUUAAAUCUGGUCUGAAGAAGAGGUUCCAGUGUGUCUUUGAGGGCAUCACAAAAGCUGGAAGUCCAACUCUUCUGAACCAGAUCUACACAGAACUCUACAUAACAGAGGGAGGGUCUGGAGAGGUUAAUAAUGAACAUGAGGUCAGACAAAUUGAAACAGCAUCCAGGAAAUCACACAGACCAGAAACAACCAUCAGACAAGAAGACAUCUUUAAAGUCCCACCUGGAGGAGAUGGGCCAAUUAGGAUAUUGAUGACUAAGGGAGUGGCUGGCAUUGGGAAAACAGUCUUAACCCAGAAGUUCACUCUGGACUGGGCUGAAGGCAAAGCCCACCAGAACAUCCAGUUCAUAUUUCCAUUCACCUUCAGAGAGCUGAAUGUGCUGAGAGAGAAAAAGUUCAGCUUGGUGGAACUUGUUCAUCACUUCUUUACUGAAACCAAAGGAAUCAGCAGCUUUGAAGACUUCCAGGUUCUCUUCAUUCUUGAUGGUCUGGAUGAGAGUCGACUUCCUCUGGACUUCCACAACAACAAGGUCCUAAAUGAUGUUACAGAGUCCACCUCAAUGGAUGUUCUGCUGACAAACCUGAUCAGGGGGAAAUUGCUUCCAUCUGCUCUGCUCUGGAUAACCACACGGCCUGCAGCAGCCAAUCAGAUCUCUUCUGACUAUGUUAGCAUGGUGACGGAGGUGAGAGGGUUCACUAAUUCACAGAAAGAAGAGUAUUUCAGGAAGAGAUUCCAAGACGAAGAGCAGGCCAGCAGAAUAAUAUCCCACAUAAAUACCUCAAAAAGCAUCCAGAUAAUGUGUCACAUUCCCAUCUUCUGUUGGAUCACUGCUACAGUUCUGGAGGAUGUGUUGGAAACCAGAGAAGGAGGAGAGCUGCCCAACACUCUGACUGAGAUGUAUAUCCACUUCCUGGUGGUUCAGACCAAAGUGAAGAAGAUCAAGUAUGAUGAAGGAGCUGAAACAGAUCCACACUGGAGUCCUGAGAGCAGGAAGAUGAUUGAGUCUCUGGGAAAACUAGCUUUUAAUCAGCUGCAGAAGGGAAACCUAAUCUUUUAUGAAUCAGACUUAAGAGAGUGUGGAAUUGAUAUCAAAGCAGCCUCAAUGUACUCAGGAGUGUUCACACAGAUCUUUAGAGAGGAGAGAGGGCUGUACCAGGAGAAGCUAUUCUGCUUUGUCCAUCUGAGUGUUCAAGAGUUUCUUGCUGCUCUUCAUGUUCAUCUGACAUUCGAAAAGUCUGGUGUGAACCUAAUUAGUGAAAAAAGACAAACCUUAAAGUUAUCAUCAGCUUUUAAAAAGAAGCAGAAAAGGCUUAAUCUUCAUCAGGUAGCUGUUGACCAAGCCUUAGAGAGCCCAAAUGGACACCUGGACUUGUUCCUCCGUUUUCUCUUGGGGCUUUCAAUGCAGACCAAUCAGAGUCUCCUACAUGGCCUGCUGACACAGACAGAAAGUCCAGAAGGCAAUCCUAAAAUAGCAGAGUACAUCAAAGCGAAGAUCAGUGAGAAUGUGUCUGCAGAUAAAAGCAUCAAUCUUUUCCACUGUCUGAAUGAACUAAAUGAUCGUUCUCUAAUCAAGGAGAUCCAAAAAGCUCUGAUUUCAAGCAGUCUAUGCACCGAUGAACUUUCACCUGCUCAGUGGUCAGCUCUGAUCUUCAUCUUACUAUCAUCAGGAAAAGAUCUGGAUGUAUUUGACCUGAAGAAAUAUGCUGCUCAGGAAGAGGUCCUUUUGAGGCUAAUGCCUGUGGUUAAAGUCUCAAACAAAGCAAUACUGAGUGAUUGUAACCUCUCAGAGAGAAGCUGUGAAGCACUGUCCUCAGCUCUGAGAUCUCAGUCCUGCAAUCUCAAACAACUGGACUUGAGUAACAACAACCUGCAUGAUUCUGGAGUCAAGCUUCUGUCUGCUGGAUUGGAGAGUCCAAACUGUAAACUGGAGAGCCUCUGCUUGUCAGGCUGUCUGAUCUCAGAUGAAGGCUCUGCUCAUCUGGCCAUGGCACUAAGCUCCAACCCCUCCCACCUGAAAGAGUUGGACCUGAGUUACAAUCAUCCUGGAGACUCAGGAGGCAAGCUGUUGUUUGCUGGACUUAAGGAUCCACACUGGAGACUAGAAUCUCUGAGGGUGGAGCCUGCUGGAGUCCAAUGGUUGACACCAGGUUUAAGGAAGUAUUCAUGCCAGCUCACUAUUGACACAAACACAGUGAGCAGAAACCUUAAACUCUCUGACAACAAGAGAGUGACAAAUGUGGAGGAGCUGCAGUCAUAUCCUGAUCAUCCAGACAGAUUUGACUUCAGGCAUCCUCAGCUACUGUGUGAGUCUGGUCUGUCUGGUCGCUGCUACUGGGAGGUUGAGUGGAGCGGAGUUGUGUAUCUAUCACUGAGUUACAGAGGAAUAAAAAGAAAAGGGGGAGAUGAAGAUUGCAUGUUUGGAGGAAAUGAAAAGUCUUGGAGUCUGAGAUGUUCUGAUCGCCAUGGUUACUCUGUGUGGCACAAUAACAUAAAGGCACCAAUUUCCUCCUCAUCAUCAUCUUCCUCAAACAGAGUAGCAGUGUAUGUGGACUGUCCUGCCGGUAUCCUGUCCUUCUACAAAGUCUGCUCCAGCUCACUGGUCCACCUCUACACCUUCAACACCACAUUUAAUGAACCUCCACUUCCUGGAUUUAGAGUCUGGUUUUCUGGUUCCUCUGUGUGUUUGUGCUGA